AUGGCUUCUAUCUGGACUUUGCUUCUCUUUCUCGGCACUUCAGUGCUGGCCCCAGUCACUGCCGCCGAGCACGAUAAACCAGCACUCAUCCUUGUACCUGGAGCUUUCCACAGCGCCAGUGUGUAUGGCGAAGUCAUAAGUCAGCUCAGCGAUGUCGGCUAUAUUCACAAUGACGCGGUUGACCUGCCAUCUGUAGGCUAUGCUGCUGCAGACGUCGAAAGAAAAGCGGAUGUGGAGGUCGUGACGGAGUUACUUCGAUAUAGACUGAGAAAGGGCGAAGAUGUCAUCAUGGUCGGCAACAGUUAUGGCGCGACUGUGAUCAUGGAAGCCGUAAAAGACUUCGAGGCGUAUAGCUCAACUUUCGUACUCGAAAGGACAGGAGUAGAAGGCCGGAUACUGGGACUCAUCAUGCUAUCGGGUUACAUCCCGACCAUCGCUGAGGUUACUGCGAACCCACCCCGCCCCGACAUUCGCAACAUUGGCGCACCAUUCUUCAAAUACCACGACCCUUUCAACACCACUCCAAGCCUCGUUACAUGGGACAGGGACCUUGCCACCUACCCUCCGCAUCUCACGUUCUACAACUUGCUAAAUGCUUCCGCAGCAGAUCACUGGACAUCACAGCUCCUGCCGUCGAGUUUCAAGGCUCUUAACGCCACGGGGACAUAUAUUGCGUACGACGGGACGUUCAGAACAGUAUACGUUAUAGGCGAAUAUGAUAACAGUGUGAGCCCAGCCUUUGCGCGGACUUAUAUUGACCAGGAAGGAGCGUACUUUGAGGUCGUGGUCAUCGAUGGGGAUCAUGUGCCGAUGUUGAGCCGUCCAAAGACCGUGGUGGAUGUCAUCAGGCGAUUUGCUGAAGCAUAGUGGAAACCCGACUGAGAAAGUGCAAAGAGAGAACGAGCAAUAGCGUGCACGGUCUCGCAGACUUUCCAAUGUUGUGUUAUGGCCAAACAUAUCUGUAUAUCUAAUUUGAAAGGCGGACAAUUGGCUGUAGUUGCCCUCGGUGUUGACUUUGCCCAGGUGGGAUCCGCACAUUACCUUACAAAGAACAGCUUAUUUCGUUACUUACCUGAAUCCGAGUACUGAUAGG